UUCUUGUCCCCGAAGCCUUCUGGAAGCGACGAAGUCUUCGCAGCUCUCGCUUUUCUUCCUCUUCUUCCUCUCCUCCUUUGUACGUUCCUUCGAGAGAGACUGGGUUUGUGGUUUGGGCUUGGGAGAUGACGACGAUGGAGAGCUUGAUCGGGCUCGUGAACCGGAUCCAGAGGGCAUGCACGGUGCUCGGUGACUUCGGCGGGGCCGACGGCGGCCCCACCCUGCCGACCCUCUGGGAGGAGCUCCCCUCCGUCGCCGUCGUUGGAGGACAGAGCUCGGGAAAAUCUUCGGUCUUGGAGAGCAUCGUUGGGAGGGAUUUCCUCCCCCGUGGAUCUGGGAUUGUGACGAGGAGGCCGCUCGUGCUACAGCUGCACAAGACGGAGGAAGGACGGCAAGAGUACGCUGAAUUCCUGCACUUGCCAAGGAGGAGAUUUACCGACUUUGCUCUUGUACGGAAAGAAAUCCAGGAUGAAACUGAUAGAAUGACUGGAAAAACAAAACAAAUUUCCCCCGUUCCCAUUCAUCUUAGCAUCUACUCACCUAAUGUUGUGAACUUAACAUUGAUUGAUCUACCUGGUCUGACAAAGGUUGCUGUAGAGGGGCAGCCCGAUACUAUUGUUGAAGAUAUUGACAAUAUGGUCCGAUCAUAUGUAGAGAAGCCUAACUGCAUUAUACUGGCCAUAUCUCCAGCCAAUCAAGAUAUUGCGACUUCUGAUGCAAUGAAGCUUGCUAGAGAAGUUGAUCCAACAGGUGAAAGGACAUUUGGGGUGUUGACAAAGCUAGAUCUAAUGGAUCAGGGAACAAAUGCUCUGGAUGUUCUUGAAGGAAGAUCUUUUCGGUUGCAACAACCUUGGGUUGGCAUUGUUAACCGUUCACAAGCAGAUAUAAACAGGAAUGUUGACAUGAUUGCUGCCAGGCGAAAGGAGAGGGAGUACUUUGCAACUAGUCCCGACUAUGCCCACUUAGCCGAUAAGAUGGGAUCUGAGUAUCUAGCUAAGCUUCUUUCAAGGCAUCUGGAGUCUGUUAUUAGGGCUCGCAUUCCAGGUAUCACAUCUUUGAUCAAUAAAACAAUUGAUGAACUUGAAUCAGAGAUGGAGCAUCUGGGGAGACCUGUUGCUGUUGAUUCAGGGGCACAGCUGUACACUAUAUUGGAACUCUGCCGUGCGUUUGACCGGAUAUUCAAAGAACAUCUAGAUGGAGGGCGGCCUGGUGGUGAUCGAAUAUAUAGAAUUUUCGACAAUCAACUCCCUGCUGCUUUGAGGAAACUUCCCUUUGACCGGCAUCUCUCUUUGCAAAAUGUGAAGAAAGUCGUCUCCGAAGCAGAUGGUUAUCAGCCGCACUUGAUUGCUCCAGAGCAAGGUUACCGUCGUCUUAUCGAGGGUGCUCUCAAUUAUUUUAGAGGCCCGACUGAGGCAACAACAGAUGCGGUGCACCAUGUUUUGAAGGAAUUGGUGAGAAAGUCUGUAGGAGAGACAGAGGAGUUGAGAAGAUUUCCUACUCUCCAAGCUGAAUUAGCUGCUGCUGCAUAUGAAGCUUUGGAGAGAUUUCGUGAAGAUAGUCGAAAGACUGCUUUGCGGCUGGUUGACAUGGAGGCAUCAUACUUGACAGUGGAAUUCUUCCGGAAGCUUCCACAGGAGGUGGAAAAGGGAGGGAAUCCUGCAGCCUCCACUAUUGACCGAUAUAGCGAGGGGCAUUUUAGGAGGAUAGGAUCGAAUGUAUCCUCGUAUAUAGGCAUGGUGUCGGAAACACUCAAAAACUCCAUCCCAAAGUCGGCAGUUUACUGCCAAGUUCGAGAAGCUAAGCGAUCUUUGCUUGACCAUUUCUAUACCCAAGUUGGAAAAAAAGAGGGAAAGGAGCUUGCUAAGCUUUUGGAUGAGGAUCCAUCGUUGAUGGAGCAUAGACAACAAUGUGCUAAGAAGCUUGAACUGUACCGAGCUGCAAGGGAAGAAAUCGACUCAGUUUCAUGGAGCAGAUGAGGUUAGGCUAAUACACAACCAUGGCACCACGUAUUAUAUUGACACAGUUUCAUUGUUGAUUCAUGUAUCUAUUGAGUGCUUAUUUAUCAUUUUACUAGCAUAUUUCGUUCAUCACCUUUCCCUAAUUUUAUUGUGCAUAUUCAGUCACACUCGAUAAUCGAUCAUAGUUUUGGAGUAGCUAUAUCCAUCUGUCUCUAUGACUGGAAUUUGUAUUAUUUGAUAUUCUAUCAUAAUACAUAGUUUUGGGUUUUUAUUAUCUGUA